GGAUCAAAAGCCCAAGGACGCGUUCUAAUUAGCGCUUGUUCAUUUCUUACAACACUCAUGAGGCCAGUGGUCUCUUACGAUGAUAUCACUCUUCCCUAUGAUUCGGUUUCUGCGGUAGUCCAAGAAACUUCUAGAAUUGCUGCUCACAAUAACAAUCGGACGUUCACAACAAAUAAAUCUUCAUCUUCGAAAAAACGUAAAAGAAAGUCGCGUCACAGCGCUGCCGCCACCUCAGGGAAUCACGGUAACAUAGGAAACAAUACUAGUUUUGACGGUGAAGAGGACGAAGAUGCAGUUUACUUGGAAGUGGAAGAAAGUAGAGAGCUUACUCAUGAGGAAAUAUGGGAUGAUUCGGCGCUCAUCGAGGCUUGGAAUGCUGCGGCGGAGGAGUACAAAGCAUAUCACGGUCCAGAUAAAGGCUGGAAAAACGAACCCGUUCACAAGUCCCCCUUCGUUGUCGAUGUCGCUGCGACAACCUCUGUCAAGGGUCCCGCCGUCAGUACCGGCACCGAGGCAGAUGUAGCAAUAGAAUCCGACUCAAAACCUCUCGAUUUUGCUACUUUUAUUCCCACUCACGAUGCUGGAUUGUCUCUUCCUGGAUCUGCACCACCUCGAAUGAUGCCAGAAGGUAGUAAUGGUGUUUCCAAACCCGAUUUAUCAUCGUAUUAUACUACCGCUCUAUCGAGCGAUCUCGGGUCCAUGGUAAGCCAGGACGAGGCGUUCAAGCGUGCGCUGGAAGCAACAUACUGGAGUGGAUAUUGGACGGCUGUGUAUCAUAGUCAGAACCAAAAGAAAGACACAAAAUCCAAAUCGGUUGAAGACGUCAAUGCAGGGGAGCCUGUUGACGCUGGUGAAAGAGGAGACGAAACCGCCUUUGACGCUGAGAUGAUGGAUAACGAUGUGAAGGCAAUUCUCGAUAUUAGUAAUGAUAGUACAUUCGACGGUGAAGUUGAUUCAAUUCAUGGGGAAGGUGAGGGAGGUGGAGAUGAGGAUGGAGAAAAUGACUCUUUGGCUUCAAGUACCGAAGGAGACUUGGUUUCUACCCAGCGAUGAUAUGCGUCCUACGAAGUUUUUUUACUAUGUAGGUGAGUGUAUACAUCGCAUCUUUCUGAGCUCGCGCCCGAGGCGCUAUCAGGUAGCGUGGUUUGUACGCGACGCCAUCGAUUCAUUAGUAAUAAUAUUCAUCCAAAGAAUCCCAGCACAUGUACUAAGCUAUUAAAAUAUGAUAAUUUACAGAAUGAAUACUGCAA